AUGGAGUGCAUUCAACUACUAGCCGAGCUGGUUUGUGUGUUCGUCUUCAUCACUUUCUCCUUCGGCCUGGAGAGUAAUAAUAAUGCAAGUGAAAUCCUGAAUAAAGAUAAAGAGUGGAUUUUAAACUCUUCGAAGAUCAUGGAAAAAUUGAUGAAGGAUUACGACCCUUCCAUGGCACCGUUUGUGCCAGACUGUCUGAUGGACAGACUGACUGGCUGGCACUGGCACAAGUUGUAUUGCAUUAUUCUCACGUUACAGGAAUAUGGACUGGACUUAUAUUUUUGGCAAGUGUGGAAUGAUACCAGACUGGCUCAAGGCCAGGAGAGGUUUUUGUCGCUCAGUGGAAAUGACAUUAAAAAAGUUUGGACGCCAGACACGUAUUUUAUGAACGCUAAGAAAACAGAGAUAAAAGAUGUUAUGAAGGACAACCAAAUGGUUUACAUCAUGCCCAAUGGAGAGGUUGUUCAGAUGUCUAGGAUCACACUAACAGUUGCCUGUCACAUGCAGCUGCAGAUGUACCCGUUUGACCGACAGAAAUGUGACCUCGUGAUUGAGAGCUUUUCGUUGACUAAAGACAAGCUGGUUUAUACCUGGGGCAACUUGAUAGCGGAUGAGUGCCGUGUUGAAGUUUUUGAUGACGCCAUGGCUCAGUACGAGUACAGAGGAGUAAAACUCAAUUAUAGGCACAAAAAGAUUAUGUCUGCGCCCUUUUCAAACUUAUAUGCCACGUGGGUGUUUGAUCGCCGUACUUCGUAUACGGUACUCCAAGUGUACCUGCCAAGUUACAUGAUCGUCAUUUUAUCAUUCAUGGCUUUGUGGAUUCCUCAGGAAGCCGUGCCUGCCCGCGUGGGCCUGGGAAUAACAACUGUACUCACCAUAGUUUACUUCUUAGGAACUGUCAACAAUAACAUGCCUCGUGUGUCUUACAUGAAGGCGAUUGAUUUUCAUCUCUUUGUGUCUUUUGGUUUUGUAUUUGCCACCAUGUUGGAGUAUAUUAUCGUGCUUAACGUCUCAGCCCGGGAAAAAAGGAAAUUAGAGUCGCACGAAAACUACGAGCUUGGUCCACUGAACAAUCAUACCUCCGAUGACUCAGCACAGAAUAACUCUUAUGGCCCAAAUAACACCGAGGCUCGUUACCGAAGGGGUAGUACUGAAAGCCACAUUGAGGAUGGAACCUUACCGGUCCUACCAGGACAACCCUACCGAAAGAAGUCCCAUGGAGUCCUGACAACACACUCUGUUGACAGAUUCUCACGGAUCUUAAUGCCAGCUGUUUAUGCAACCUUUGUGGUUGGUUAUUGGGUAGUCUGUGCAGCAUUGUCACCUCAAAGAGAAGCAUUAGAUCUAUGUUAGGUGUCUUUUAAUGCCACAAAUAAGGAUAAGGUGUAUGCUUCUUUCCCUGAAGGAUGAUUAUCAAGUCAUAUGAUCUUUUAGGCUUAAGUUCAUUUUAACUAUUCUCUGUCUGGUGAAGGAGUAAAUUAGCCUUAAUUAUCGUAUGAUAAUUAUCAGGUCAGAAUUUGAGGCUGUUAACCCCUCAACAUAGCUUUAUGGCUCCAAGGUUUGACUCCCUUGAGAAAGGCAAGAAAGAGGGGCAGAAAGCAGGUCGAUGCGAAUACUACGUAUAGUAUGCACAUUUAGUUCAUCAAGUGGGGUGUUAACUACUGAUGGAACAUUUUGUAUAUAUCGAUCGUAAAGAGAAUUUCGACACUAACGUAAAUAAGCAGGGGGAUAACACGGAACAAAUGGGGUCCGGAAAGUACAGUUAUGUGGCAAAUGCAUUGAUUCCGGAGGUAUUUAAGUUUUCGGAAAAUGUUUCAGAAAUAUGCAAAUGAAAGGAACCCACUACGUUACCAUGGAAGCAAACCUGUUGAACUCAUAUUGAAGAGCAAAUCUGGUAGAAUCUUACUGCAAAGAAUCAAACAUUUCUGAUACAA